CAAAGCCUUCCUAAAUUACCCAAGCACCCGGAUGUGUGUAUCUGCGUCUGUGGCCAUCAAACCAAGUAAAAGUAAAAGUCUGAUGAGAGGAUGUCGUCCGAAACUAAAAAACCGGGACUUUAUGUCAGAGCCAAUGGGAGAUAAGCUCGCAACUUCCCUACCAGGAAUAGGAGAGGUUCUUGGUGAAAGACUCAGAGAAGCGGGGUUUAGAAGGGCGUAUCAUGUUCUGGGCAAGUUCCUGAUGUUGAGCAAAGAUGCGGAUCGUUUCAAAGCCUGGCUGAAGGAUACAUUUAAAGCUAAUGUCGAUCAGGCGGGGCAAUGCUACAAUUGUCUGAGAGCCUGGUGUGAUGCUCACUUGUGAGGUGCCUGCCCUGUCAUAUCUUACUUCUUUCCACAUGUACUCGUGCAUACUCUUACUUUGGGCUUCCUUGGUCCACGUUGCACAACUCACUCCUCUUUUGUUAGAUCAUUUAUUUGUUUGGUGACGUGGUUUGUUUGUCUUGGACAACAUUUGCAGGAAUGGAUUAUUGUUAGUUGUUAAUGUGCUUGUUUGUUAUGCUUGCUUUGGUAGGUUUAAAAACACUACAAUCAGACAUUCAUCACUUUGAAACAGCUUGGACCCAGAUCUAUAUGAAAUAGU